AUGUGCUCAAGUGAUCUAAUCGGAAAACUAUCGGGGUGUGCUUUGGCUGGGGGCAGUGCUUUUCUGGCCUCUCUGUUCAACAGCACCUUUCUUAUUCUACUCCCUGUUAUACUCGUGCACAUAUUCUCAAGCUGGUACAACAAAACAGCAAAAAACACGCGCCUGAAGAGAGUGCUUGUUGUCAUAGAGGUUGUUUUCUCCAUUUUAACAAUGCUUGGAUAUUUCAUAGUCAGCAACGCGGUCUUUGCUUUGCUUCCUGGGGUGGGCAAGAAAAAAGAAAUGGCCAUGCCCAUGCUGGCGGCCCUCUACGCAUACUUUGCGCUGUACUCAUACUACACAGCAUAUAUAAUAUACAGCUACCUGGACCAGGACACGGCAGAAGAUGACGACUCUUCCGACGCAAUUCGCUACAACCAGCUGAAAAUGCUGCGCCGAGAGCUCAUGCAAAUUUAG